UGCAAUAGACUAAAGAAGUAGAUGAUAAUUCAUACAAGAUGUUGGUGUGUCAUAUUCAUUUUUCCUCUUAAAAAUUUUAUAUUUCAGUGCUUAACUACAACAAGUGCAUAAAUUUUGAUAUCAAAUUAUCUUUCGCUAUGGCAAACGACGAAGUUGUCUUGAAACAAUAUUUGUCUAAAUAUAAACACCGUGAUUAUACUGCGCGAGAAGUCAUUAGUCUGAUUCAAGUUUAUCGUAGUCUCGUCUAUCGUUUAGAAGCCUUUGUGUUCAAUAAUGGCACUAGAAAGGAUUUACUCAACCUUGAAGGCACGAUACCCGUAAAUUACAAAGGAGCAUUUUAUAAUAUCCCCGUCAGUAUUUGGCUUAUGGAUACGCAUCCACAAAAUGCACCGUUGUGUUUUGUCAAACCUACACCUGAAAUGACUAUCAAAACAUCUAAAUGGGUUGACAGUAAUGGUAAGAUUUAUCUUCCUUACCUUCAUGAGUGGUCACCUUCUGGUUCAACCCUACAACGUUUGGUUCAGUGGAUGAUUACAGCAUUUGGGGAGCUGCCUCCUGUUUACGCUAAGCCACGUAAUCAGCCUCGACCUCCGUACCCAUUUGAUCCAUUUAUGCCGCAGCCUUCAGGCUAUCCAUAUCCUCAAGUUAGCCCUCAGCCUGGUUAUCCAACAGCUACUCCUUAUCCCACAACUUCAAAUCCUUUACCUUAUCCAAGCUUUGGUACACCAUACCCUGGUCAAGUUAGUACAAAUGGUACACCUUAUCCUGCAGCCACCCCUUACCCACCGACAACCAAUUUUGGUCCAGUUACUGAAGUGGCAGGUGGUACCAUCACAGAGGAGCACAUAAAAGCUUCAUUAUUAUCGGCAGUUACUGAUAAAUUGCGCAGAAAGCUAAAUGAACAGUCCCAACAAUCACAGGCAGAACUGGAAACUUUGAGGAGAACACAACAAGAACUCUGCGAGGGCAAAUCUCGUCUUGAAGAUAUAUUUACAAGACUGCAAAGAGAAAAGGCAUCGCUUGAAAAAAAUUUAAGCACACUUCAAGAGAAAGAAAAGGAGUUGGAAUCUGCUGUGGAGAGACUUGCAGAGCAGGAUGGCAUUGAAGCGGAUGAAGCUGUCGUAACAACUGCUCCGUUGUACUCUCAACUUUUAAAUGCAUUUGCAGAAGAAGCAACAUUGGAAGAUGCUAUUUAUUACAUGGGUGAAGCAUUACGCAAAGAGGUAAUAGAUCUGGAUACUUUCUUGAAGCAAGUACGUACAUUGGCUAGACGGCAAUUUACUUUACGGGCGUUGAUGCAUAAAUGUAGGCAAAAGGCUCAGCUAGCUUGCUAGUGGUGUAAACAUUACGUAAACAAUGCAAUCAUUAUACUGUCAGUGAUUGGAUGGAUAAUGGCUUAAAAAUACUGCCAUUAUAGAGGUAUGUUACAAAAAUUUGUAUGAUUACAAUGUUUUAUUUAUUUUGCAAAAUUAUGUAUUAAAUUCAAAAUGAAACAAAGCUUUGUCAUAGUUUAUUUUUACACCGAAUAGUAAUAGCAUUUUAACUGUUUUCAACUGUAAUUUAUAAAUCUUUUAUCAAGUUCAGUUACCAUUCAGACAUAUUAACAUACAAAAUGAUUUGUUUUGUUUGUUCCUGUUAUUUUUCAGUUAAAUAAAAUGCAGGUUAAACUUUAUCUGUUAUUCCUAAUUUGAGAAUAGGGAAAAUUUUACAGUUACAUCUCAUCUUAACUAUGGUUUUCAUUUAACAGUUUUUACAUGAGUAUAUCAAUGCAUUACUACAUUAUUAAUAAAAAAAGUAAUUUUGCCAUCUAUAUAUAUGCUUAUUAAUUAAACAGAAAGAUUGAAUUAAUGGUUGUUAAUUUGUAAACAAGUGUAUGAGACCAUAUUUACUCAUAUUAUUUUACAGUCUUGAAAAAUUUUUGGAUGCUGUAUACAAAACUGGGUUUUUAUGUACCAAAUAUGUAUCUUAUGUAAUCAUGCUCUAGUUUCUAAGGUUUGCAUGAUAGACAAUAAUGCUAUGAUAGAACAUAUGCAAUGGUUGAAAGUAGCAUUUAAUAUUUCACUUACUCGUAAACAGAACAUUAUAAAAGUUAUACAAAUAUUUUAUUAUGUAUCAGUUUAGGCUAUGAAUCCUUUAGUCUGUUGCACUUCUUUGCUGGUUGUCUUUUAUUAGUUCUGAACUUGCCUUGUAUAAUUAUAUAUAAAUUUACAAUCGGAAAGUAUAUCCUAUAUGUUAGGGGUAGCCAAAUUGCAGUUCACAAGACACAUGCAACUCUUUGAAGGAUUGUUUUCAAGUCUUGAUAAAUGUUCCUUUGUUAUUUUCGUAUUAUAUGUAGUAAAUAAAAAAAUGUUUCAUGUGUUUCAAAAUAUUACGUGCCACAACGUAAAAAAUUUCAAUUUCUUUUGAAUAUGUAUUUAUUUGGGUUCAAAUUUUGAAAAAUGUCUAUCGUGGAGCUUGGCCACCCCUGAUAUAAUUAAUGCAAUUGUAAAAUAAUCUUAAUUUUUAAAAUUUAUGUAUUUGCAACAAUAUUUCCUUAAUUAACAUUAAGGAAAUAUAAGGAUAUAAAAGAUAAUUCUAUAAUUGUAUGCCUAAUCUACAGUUAAUGUAAAGUUAAAUGAAGAUUUGGUCAAUAUACAUUUUAACAAUGGUGAUUUCAAUUGUGUACUGAAAAACAAUAAUUAAAACAUUGUAUAUCUCUUAUCUUUCAGUAAACAUGUACAUCGCUUGAAGAUUUUCUAUUUAUAGAAGUUAAUUGUUGGUAAAAUAGGCAUUAAAGACACCCGGAAAUUUUAAAUUUACAUCAAAUGUUUGUGUCUUAUUUUUUUUAAUUGACCUAUUGAAAUAAUUAAAAAGACCUUAUUUUUCAUCUGAACCGUAUUUAUGUGAACUGAAAGAUAUGUUUUUAAUUUUAACCUUUAUUUGUUUAUGUUACGAAAUAUAUAGUUGAGUUCUAAACAUAUUCCUCUUGUUCAUUAUGUAUUCAUUGUAUUAAUAAGGAGUAAUAUAUAUUAUUGUUAGUCAUUUUUAUAUUGUCUUGACGAACAUAUAGCAUAAGUCUGCUUAGACCCAAGUGGGUGUGAUUUCUCACAAUAAAUGUGUAAAUGCAAAA